CCCACGCCGCAGGCAGGCAGGCGCCGCACGCACCAACUAACUCGCCCCACGCGCCGCCGCCGAACUGGUUGCCAGCCGGCCAUGGAGACGGACGCCACCGCCUUCUACCCGCCGGCCCACCAGCGCCAUCCCACGCCCGCGCAGCCGCUGUCGGCGAAGCCUCCGCCGGCGUCCGCCGGCGCGGGGCGAGCCGCGGCGGGGCGGCAGUACCGCGGCGUGCGGAUGCGCAAGUGGGGCAAGUGGGUGGCCGAGAUCCGGGAGCCCAACAAGCGGUCGCGGAUCUGGCUCGGCUCCUACGCCACCGCCGUCGCCGCCGCGCGCGCCUACGACACCGCCGUCUUCUACCUCCGCGGCCGCUCCGCGCGCCUCAACUUCCCCGACCAGCUCCUCGACGGCGCCGCUCCCGCCGCCGUUGCGGACCUCAAGGAGGCCGCGGGAGGGGCGCUCUCCGCCGCGGCCAUCCGGAAGAAGGCGGCCGAGGUCGGCGCACGCGUCGACGCGCUGCACUCUGCAGGCGUCGGCGGGCCUCCGGUCUCCCCGCCCCCGCCGUCCCCGUCCGGCCGCCGCGGAAGGGCCAAGCACCCCGACCUCAACCGGGAGCCCACCCCGGACACCGACGACGACGAGUGA